CCUGACCUUAGUCUUCAGCAGAGGGUUGCAGGGAACUGUGUCUUUUGGACUGGGGAGGGGGGGGCCUUCCGGGAGGGACCUGGAGUGGGCAGCGGAGAUGCCUUCGAAGAAGAGUCUGAGGAUCCCCGAAAAUUGUGUUCAAAACAUCGUGUGUACGUGUGCACAUGCUCUCCUGAGGGAAGAGUCCCUAGGUUUCAUCCUGUGGACUGCCCCCCCUUCCCCUGAAGUCUGUGUUUUCCAAACAUCUAAGAGCUGCUUGGCUGGAUGAGGGCCCACGGGUCAGUCAACUUACGUUCCAGUAACUAACCUGGGAGCCCGGCGGAUCACUUGCCUCCAGCCUAUUUCUCUGAGAAGGCGGUCAGUCCAGCGGGCUCCGAGGUUGCUUCCGCUCGCACCUCCCGCUGGCCGACCCCUAUCCCGCGAGCAGAGAGGUGCAGCCUCGCAGCUCCGGGAGCUGGGCAGAGUGGGUGGCCGCGGGUCGGCGGGAGCGUGGCUCGCAGCUUGUCGUCCUCCAACCCUGUGGAGGGCCGGGGUGCCGGCGAGCGGCCCCUGGGAGGGGUCGGGGGUGUAGCGAGGGUGAUCUGCCCAAAAGGCUAACCCUUCGGAGUAGGCGGAUCCGCGCCCCCUCCCCCCAAACCCACACCCCCGGGCACGUAAAGCCUGCUCAGGCGCCCGGAGCCGCGACUCAGUGUCGCGUACCGCAGCGGACUAUGAGGCUCGCCAUCUGCGCCCUGCUGUGUGCAGGGACCCUGGGGCUGUGUUUGGCUGUCCCUGGGAAAACUGUGAGGUGGUGCGCCAUCUCAGAUCAUGAGGCCAGUAAGUGCUCCAGUUUCAGUGACAAUAUGAAAAGAGUCCUUCCAGCGGAUGGUCCUCACGUCACCUGUGUGAAGAGAACCUCUCAACUCGAAUGUAUCAAGGCCAUUAUGGCAAACGAAGCAGAUGCCGUGACCCUCGAAGCAGGUUUUGUGCUUGAAGCGAGCCUGCCCCCCUUCAACCUGAAGCCUGUCGUGGCAGAAUUCCAUGGGUCAAAAAUUGAUCCACACACCUCCCAUUAUGCUGUGGCCGUGGUGGAGAAGGGCAGCGACUUCCAGCUGAAACAGCUCCAAGGCAAGAGGUCCUGCCACACGGGCCUAGGAUGGUCGGCUGGGUGGUACAUCCCCAUCCAGACACUUUUUCCUUCUGACUCUGUUAAAGAAGCAGCCACAGCAGAAAUGGCCCAGUUCUUCUCCGGCAGCUGUGUACCCUGUGCCAACAGGGAGGUGUUCCCCAAGCUGUGUCAACUGUGUGCAGGGAAAGGGACAAACAAGUGUGCCUGCUCCUUCCAGGAACCAUACUUCGGCUACACAGGCGCCUUCAAGUGUCUGCAGGAUGGUGUAGGGGAUGUGGCCUUCGUGAGGCAUAUGACAGUGUUUGAGAACCUGGCAAACAGGACUGACCGUGACCGGUAUGAGUUGCUCUGCCCGGACAACAGCCGGAUGCCUGUGGAUAAAUACAGGGAGUGCAACCUGGGCCUUUUCCCUUCUCAUGCCGUCGUGGCUCGAAACGUGGGGGGCAAAGAUGACUUGAUCUGGGAGGUUCUCAACCAGGCCCAGGAACAUUUUGGAAAAGACAAGUCGACAGAAUUCCAGCUCUUUGCCUCUCCUCAUGGGAAGGACUUGCUGUUUACAGAUGAUACCGAUGGGUUUUUAAGAGUUCCUCCUAAGAUGGACGCCAAGCUAUACGUGGGAUACGAAUAUUUUGCUGCCUUUCAGCAUCAGAGGAUAGGUGUGGAAGACACCCAGAGGGUGCUGUGGUGUGCAGUGGGCCACCAUGAGAGGGUCAAGUGUGAUGAGUGGAGUGUCCUAAGCGGUGGUGCCUUACAGUGCACCAUAGAGGAGACCACUGAGGACUGCAUCGCCACCAUCGCAAAAGGAGAGGCUGAUGCCAUGACUUUGGAUGGAGGCUUCAUCUACACAGCGGGCCAGUGCGGUCUGGUGCCUGUCCUGGCGGAGAACUACAUGCCUAAGGAUGGGUCUACGUGUGUAAAUACACCUGUGGUAGGUCAUUAUGUCGUGGCAGUGGUUAAGAAAUCAGAUCCCUACGUCACUUGGGGCUCUCUGCAAGGCAGGAGGUCCUGCCACCCCGCAGUUGGUACUUCUGCAGGCUGGAUCAUCCCCAUGGGUUUGAUAUACAACAAAACCGGGUCCUGUAAAUUUGAUGAAUUCUUCAGUCAAAGCUGUGCCCCUGGGUCUGACCCAGAUUCCAGUCUCUGCGCUCUGUGCAGUGGUGGCAGCAGCCCAGCCCACACCUGUGCCCCCAACCACCACGAGAGAUACUAUGGCUUCAGCGGGGCAUUCAGGCGAGUAGUGUCUGUGCACCACCUUUCUCUUGGGCACCAACCCAGCGAACCUCUUGUCCUUUCAUCUUUUCCAUCACCCCAGGAUCUGGCUGCUACAGUUAGGAGGAGCCAGAAUUAGAAAACAGAACGGCAAAUUCCCACUGGCUCUAAGGACUCAAGCCCAGCUCCUUUCUGGAGCGCUUUUCUGCAGACCCAGCUGACUUAGGGCACCUGAGGAGAGGCAAGAAUGAGGGGUGCAGGAUCACAACCCUGGGUCUACUUUUGUUCUUUUCUUCUGUGUGAUUGUGGACAAGUCACGGAAUCUUUCAGAGCGCCAGUUUAAAAUCAGAGGACGGGUACUGGACAUGUGCUUCUUACACCUGGCUGAUGAGUACAUUUUAAAAAUAGAUAUUCCUGGGCUGCUCCAGCCCUUCAAGAAACCUUUAUUGAGCACCUACUAUGUGGCAGGCACUGGUCUAGGUAGAGGGGUUAUAGCAGCAAUAAGAAACAGGUAGCUCCCCUGUCGCCUGUGUCUUAUCUCAGGGGGAGAGUAGGACAAUAAACAUAUAAAUAAGGGUCAAUCACUUCCUGACUGUGCUGAGUGCGGCAAAGGAACAAGGAGGGUGCUGUGGUAGUGACCUGGGUAGACCAAACGAGAGUCAAGAAUUUUUAAAUAAAAUUAUACAAGGGGAAUUUUGUCUUCCUAGAUAUAAAAAUCACAUUUAAUACUAUAUAAUACUGUAAGACUAUGAUCAGUACAGCCUGGUUUGUGUCGAAGAAUGACAAAUCAGUGGAAGAGAAUAGACUUCAAAGACUUAUACAUGGACACAUUAUAUUUGGCGUAUAACAAAGAUAACAUUUCAAACUGGGGAAAGAUGAACUUGAAAGAUCAAAUAAAUGAGUGUGGCGAACUGGCCCCUGGAUCUGGUGGGAGCAGAUUCAAUAGUGAGUCAGUCCCAUAAGCUGAUUGGCAGGGGUCGGUGAGGGUGGGGUGAAGGGGUGCUGAUCACAGGUGCAGUGAUUCCUUUUAGGUGUUUGGAUGAGUUGGGGAGGGAGGCCCAUUGCUAAGGGCAGUGUGGGAUCGAGACAGGGAUUAUUGCUUUUCAAAAAAGGAAAGAAGUAUGAAUGCUGAUGAAAAGAGCCCAGUGAAUGGAGAAAGACUCCAAUUGCAUAAGGGAGAGAGGAUAACUAUCAGAAGGUGCCUGAGGGGAUGGGAUGCAGGACACCUGGGGAGGACACUGUUGUAGAGAGGGAGACCUUCACUCCUUUGUGCCUGGAGGGCAGGAAAAGAGCCCUGGAGACUUAGGCUGACAGCUUUGGCAGAGGGA